AUGGAAUCUCACGAGACAUCCAUGGAUAGCCAUGGCGCCACUGCCACGCAGAGGCACGGCAAGGAGAAGGAGAGGUUCCUGGACUGCCUCAGGGCAGCUCCAUCCAAGAAGCUAUGGCUGCACCGCUUCGGCGUCACCACCCUCCGCGCGCGCACCGUGGACUGGCGCGCCCUGCGCGCCAGGUGCAAGGCCUGGGCGAGGCACCCCACGAACGCCGCGCUCCUGGUGUGGCUCGCCUUCGUCGCCGCGGGCGUCGCGUUUGUCUUCCUGCUCAUGACGGGGGCGCUCAACUCCGCCGUGCCCGACGCGUCCCGGCGCAGGCGGUGGACGGAGGUGGCGAACCAGGUGCUGAACGCGCUCUUCACCGUCAUGUGCGUGUACCAGCACCCGCGGCUCUGCCACCAUCUGGCGCUCCUGUUGCGGUGGCGCGACGCGGACGCCCGCGAGCUCCGUGGCGUGUACUGCAGCAACGCCGGCGGCGCGCGGCGGGAGCGGCUCCACGUCGGCGUCGUGCUGCUGCUGCUGCACGCCACGUGCUUCGCGCAGUACGCCUACUGCGCGCUGUUCUGGAGCUUCACUGGCCAGACGCGCCCCGACUGGGCUGUCAACCUGUGCAUGGCGCUCGGCCUCGGCUUCCCCGUCGCUGCCGCACUCUACAUGGUCUACGGCCCGCUCGGCGGCGGAAAGUCGGUGCUCCCGGAGUCCAGCGACGAGGCGGUGCUGGCCCUGGAGGAGUCGACGGCCGUGAACGCGUCGCGGUCGCAGUACAGCGGCAGAGUGGUGGUGACCAAGGCGGAGUGGGCUGGCGGGCUGUUCGACCUCGCCGACGACCCGGCGGUGGCGGCGCUGUCGCUGACGUGCACGUUCUGCGUGUUGGGUUGGAACAUGGAGCGCCUGGGACUGGGCAACAUGUACGUGCACGUCUUCACGUUCGCGCUCCUCUGCGCCGCGCCGGUGCUGGUGUUCGCCGUCGCCGCGCUCAACAUCCACGACGCCACGCUCGGGUGUGUCGUUGGUGCCGCGGGCGCGCUGCUGUCCGUGCUGGGUCUGUUGUACGGUGGCUUCUGGCGCGCGCAGAUGAGGCGGCGGCUCGGACUGCCGGCAGACCGCUCCGUGUGCGGUGGCCGGCCGGCGACCGCGGACUACGUCAAGUGGCUGCUCUGCGCGCCGUGUGCGCUGGCGCAGGAGGUGAGGACGGGCAACCUGUACUACGACGUCGAGGACGUGCCGGUGGAGGAGAAAGAAAAACCAGCAAUGGCGCCUCUGGACAGGGAAGGGCGCGCCGUGCCAUGGACCGCCGGCAAUGCCGUAGCCACCGAUGCACCGCCGGUGCCGGUGAUGAUCACCGCCACGUACAAGUAGAGGGAUUGAUUUAUGUGCAGACUCAUAUACCUGGAGG